AUGCGCAGAGAUGUCGGGACCGCGCCGGUGCUCCCGCCUCCCUCCCGCACAGCUCCGUCUGCCGGGCGCGCCCCGCCACUGCCGCCGCCCAUCACCCGGCCUGGGGGCGCCGGCACCGCCGGGGCUGGGGCUGCUGCUGAGGGUCCCGAGGGGGAAGCUGCACGGCAGUGCCAGGGCCCCCCACCCCCUGAAUUGCACAAAGCAGCAACACCCGGAGAGAGGAAGCAGGAGGGAGAUGCCCGCUGGCACCCAAGGCUCAGCCCCCAGAGGGAUUUAAGCACCACCACCCCGAGCAGCCCCAGCAGUGCUAACAGUGGCCUGCUCUGCACCGCCAUGGUCAUGGCUGGGUUCUUCAUCAUCAGCCUGGGAGGCUCCAUCCUGCUCCCAGCACUGGCCCCAGCAGGCACCCAGGGGAGCCGGAUCAUCGGGGGAAAGGCAGCAGCACCCCACUCCCGGCCCUUCAUCGCCUCCAUUCAGAUGGACGGGGAGCACGUCUGCGGGGGCUUUCUUGUGUGGCCCAAGUGGGUGAUGACGGCUGCCCACUGCAUCAUUCCCAGGAGCAGCCCCUCGGUGCGUGUGGUGCUGGGUGCCCACCGGCUGGAGGAGCCCGAGGCGUCCCAGCAGGUCUUCUCCGUGGCUGAGUCCAUCGCCCACCCGCGCUACAACCCCCGCUCCGUGGACAACGACAUCCGCCUGCUCCAGCUGAACGAGUCGGCCACACUGAACGAGUACGUGAAGCGGAUCCGCCUGCCUUCUCCGCACAUCGACCUGAAACCCGGCACCGUCUGCCGCGUGGUGGGCUGGGGGGACACCUCCAACUACGGCGACCGGCCCGCUGAGCUGAUGGAGACCAACACCACCAUCGUCAAGCGCAGCCUCUGCCGGGCGCUGUGGAGGGGCAAGGUCUCGGCCAACAUGCUGUGCGGGGCCAGCCGCAACGCCACCCUGCAGGGCGUCUGUGCCGGUGACUCCGGGGGACCCCUGAUCUUCAAGGGAAAGGUUUAUGGUAUUGUCUCAUUCUCCGGGAAGAGAUGUGGGGACCGCCGGUUCCCCGACAUCUACACCAAGAUCUCCAACUACAUUGACUGGGUGCAUCGCACUGUGCGAGGGCCCCGCUAUCAGAAGGGGAGACCAAAGCCAUAA